GCCCAACACAACACAUCCACACAACACGCAGCCGCCGCCCGCCGCCGCACAGGACACAGCAGCCGCCGGCCCCUGCGGCUCCGCCACCGGCCAGCGGCACACAUCGACCGCCGCCCACGGCUGGACGUCACGACGACAGCGAGUCUGCCGACCCACGACUGGCGCCACGCGGCAACGCAAGCGCACGCAGCUAGCAGCGGCAAGCCGGCGACACAUCUCCUUCUCUGAAUCUGAUCCUCUUCUAUUCUCCUUGCCCUGCAAGCUGCAUAGCCAUGCUCGGCCAUCUCCGGCGAUGCUCCGGCGUUCUGCGCCGCCUACCGGUCGCCAGCUUUGCUGCCUCCGACCCUGCCGCUGCAUACUCGGGAUGGGGUUCACACGCCGAGCCGCUCUUGUUUGUUUCAUGUUGGUUUGGCAAGCAUGGUACCAAGAGCUUCUCUACUGAUGAUAAAGUUACCAAUGCUCGUCGAGGGUAUCGGCAAAAGGAGUUUAAGAAGCCAAGCAUGGCCGUAAAGGAUAAUGAUGCGGUCAUUGAUCGCAUACAAAAGAGCACAAGGGGGUUGAAACAAGGGCCAGCAGGGCACACCCUUUCAUCAGCAGAGAAAAGGAAAUUCCUUAUCCACACUCUUCUUGAUCUUGAAGAUUCAAAAGAAGCUGUUUACAGCACCCUUGAUGCGUGGAUCGCCUUUGAGCAGGACUUUCCACUCGCCUCGUUAAAGCAAGCAAUUGUAGCUCUUGAAAAGGAGGAACAAUGGCAUAGAAUUGUCCAAGUAAUAAAAUGGAUGUUGAGCAAAGGGCAAGGAAAUACGAUCAGAACAUACGAGCAAUUAGUGCGUGCACUUGAGAAGGACAACAGAGCAGAGGAAGCACAUAAAAUCUGGGAGAAGAAAAUAGCCCAUGACCUGCAUUCAGUUCCUUGGCGUUUCUGCGGUCUUAUGUUGGCUAUUUACUACAGAAACAAUAUGCUAGAUAGGCUUAUCAAGCUCUUCGGUGUCCUUGAAGCAUGUGGUCGCAAGUGUCCUAGUAAAGACUAUAUACGGAAAGUUGAAGUUGCAUAUGAAAUGCUUGGUCUAUUAGAAGAGAAGAAGGAUUUGCUUGAAAAGUAUAAGGAUUUGUACAACAAGCCAUCAAAUAGUGAUAGAAAGAAAGAUCGACGGUUCAAGAAGUCUGGGAAGAAAGCUGCUGAUGAUAGCAGCAAACAAUGUGAGAUGGAAACGUCUAAAAACUUACCAGUUGACUCUUGCCCUUCAGAUAAGGAACUGGUUGCCCGCAGUUAGUCAAGAUAAGAAAUACAACACCGAUGGUGAGAUCAGUAUCAGACAUGGGUCAACCAAACCAAUGGUCCAUUACUAAUAGGAAACAACAUGGACACAACCCUUCUUUCAUAAAUGUUUUGAUGUGCGGCGACUUUCAAGUUUCCUAGGACAAAUAUUUUUGAAGUGUUAAGAGGUACUGUUGUCCAAAAAUUGUACUGUCUGAAUAUUGGAACAUGUGGGCGCAUAACAGUAAUCAACCAAGGGAUUGUACAUGAGGGGACCAGUACUUUAUCUCAUGUACUCAGUGUGAGAAUGUUGUAUUGACAUUUCCGUUUUCAUACUAGAAAGCCAAUUUCCUGUUA